UAAUUCACCAACCUUUUUUCUAUUUUGCAUAAUUUUUAAAAAAUUUAUAAACAUCAAUAUGGUUAUGCGCGUGAGUCCCACAUAUCUCAUUCUACAAAUUGACGUUUGAUUAGAACAUUCUUAUGUUAUACUAAGAAUUUUUAAAAUUGUGUGAUUAUGAAAAAAAGCCAACGCGCAAAAGAGUACAAUCACCAUUAAUUUCUCUUUUGCAACUUGCAACUCUGCACAAAUUUGCUAUCUAUUUUGUUUUGUUAUACAUUUUUAUUUAUUUUUGUCAUAUGCUCCCAACCAAACUAUACACUAAUAGGUGUAGAAACAUUAAUGAUUAAUGUCAUUCAUCCAACCCAAAAUCUAUCUAUCUAUCCUCAUUUCUAUGACAUCAAGUAUGAUGAAAUUUCAUAAUAUAUAGUUUUUCAAUCCCUCUCUCCUUCAUCUAAUUCAACAGUGAAAAAAACACUUUCAUGGAGUUCAAUAUACUUUUUUUGUUACUUCUCAUUGGUUCUACUUCAUUGAUUUUCAUCUCACACUUGGCUUCAGCUGCUACACCAAAGCUCAACACUCAAGACGUGAAGGCAUUGAAGGAAAUAGGGAACAAGAUUGGGAAAAAAGAUUGGGAUUUUGGAGUGGAUCCUUGCAGUGGAAAAGGAAAAUGGAAUAUUUCAGAAUCUUCUACUAGAAAAGGCUUUGAGAGUUCUGUGGUUUGUAAUUGUUCUUUCAACCAUAAUUCUUCUUGCCAUGUUGUAAGCAUAUCCUUGAAGGCUCAAAAUCUAACAGGCACUCUCUCACCAGAGUUUUCGAAGCUUCGUUAUCUAAAAAUAUUGGACCUUAGUCGUAACAUCAUCACCGGUUCUAUACCUCCACAAUGGGCUACAAUGAAUUUGGUCGAGUUAUCUUUAAUGGGAAACAGAUUAUCAGGACCAUUCCCUAAAGUUCUUACCAAUAUUACAACCCUAAAAAAUGUGAGUAUUGAAGGAAAUAUGUUUUCAGGCAUUAUUCCAACCGAAAUCGGGAAGUUGAUCAACUUAGAAAAACUCGUUCUACAAUCAAAUGGAUUCACAGGAGCAUUGCCGUCCGCGCUUUCCAAGUUGACCAAGUUGACUGAUUUGAGGUUAAGUGACAAUAACUUCUCCGGCAAGAUACCUGAUUUCAUUAGUAAAUGGACAGUAAUCGAAAAGCUGCACAUUCAAGGUUGCUCUCUUGAGGGGCCUAUACCAUCCAGCAUUUCUGCAUUGACAAAAUUAAGUGAUUUGAGGAUAACUGAUUUGAAUGGUAGCAAAAGCUCUAAUUUUCCACCACUUAAUAAUAUGAAAUCCAUGAAGACGCUAGUUUUGAGAAAAUGCAUGAUUAAAGGAGAGAUCCCGGAAUAUAUUGGAUUAAUGGAAAAACUGAAAAUCUUAGAUUUGAGUUUCAAUAGCUUGAGCGGAAAGGUACCUGGUUCUUUUGAAGAGCUCGAUAAAGUGGACUACAUGUAUCUUACAUCGAACAACUUAUCAGGAACGAUACCUAGCUGGGUCCUUAAAAAUAACAAAAAUAUUGAUGUCUCUUACAAUAACUUUGAAUGGGAAAGCGCAAGUCCAACUGAAUGUCAACGAGGGAGCGUAAACACGGUUGAGAGCUACUCUUUAUCAGCGACUAAGAAAAGUAACAUUAAUUCAUGCUUAAAAAGAAACUUCCCGUGCUCGGAUCCACGACAUUACUCCCUGCACAUUAAUUGUGGCGGUAAUGAAGCAAAUGUAAGUGAUAAAAUCUAUAAUGCUGACAUAGAACGAAAAGGCGCUUCAAUGUUCUACUCCACUCAGGAUUGGGCUCUUAGCAGCACAGGGAGCUUCAUGGACAACGAUAUCGACUCUGAUCCCUAUAUUGUGACCAAUACUUCUAGACUUCUUAAUGUCUCACAAACCGAUUCAAAACUGUACACAACAGCUCGUGUUUCGCCCCUCUCGCUCACAUACUAUGGCCUCUGUAUGAUAAAUGGAAAUUACACUGUAAAACUUCACUUUUCAGAGAUAAUUUUCGUCAGUGAUAGGUCAUUUAACAGUCUCGGGAGACGGAUAUUUGAUGUCUACAUCCAGGGGAACUUGGUUCUGAAAGACUUUGAUAUCGAACGAGAAGCUGGUGGUGCCGAAAAGCCAAUUGUGAAGAAAUUUAAUGCUUCUGUCACACAGAAUACUUUGAAGAUUCAAUUCUAUUGGGCUGGAAAAGGAACCACCGGUAUACCGACAAGAGGAGUUUAUGGUCCUUUAGUAUCUGCUAUAUCAGUUGAUCCUAAUUUUAAACCUCCAUCAGAUCAUGGCAACAGAACUAAGGUCAUAAUACUGGCAGUUGGCAUAACCAGUGGUGUUCUGGUUGUUGUCCUUAUUAUGCUGAUUGUCUUGAGGAGGAAGGGAUUGUUAGGAGGCAAGGAUCCUGUGUAUAAAGAGCUUAGGGGUAUAGAUCUGCAAACAGGAUUGUUCACUUUAAGACAAAUAAAAGAAGCUACCAAAAAUUUCGAUGCAGCAAAUAAACUUGGCGAAGGUGGCUUUGGUUCUGUUUACAAGGGGCAACUACCAGAUGGUACAGUAAUUGCGGUAAAGCAGCUGUCGUCAAAAUCAAAACAAGGAAACCGCGAGUUUGUGAAUGAGAUAGGAAUGCUAUCUGGACUUCAACAUCCAAAUCUUGUUAAGCUCCAUGGAUGUUGUGUGGAAGGGAACCAGCUAAUACUGAUAUACGAGUAUAUGGAAAAUAAUUGUCUAUCUCGCAUUCUUUUCGGGAAGGGAUCAGACAAUAAAGCGAAACUGGACUGGCUUACCAGGAAGAAAAUUUGCCUCGGCAUAGCUAAAGCUUUGGCUUAUCUUCAUGAAGAGUCAAGAAUCAAAAUCAUACAUAGGGAUAUAAAGGCAAGUAAUGUGUUGCUGGACAAGGAUUUUAAUGCUAAAAUUUCAGAUUUCGGUUUGGCCAAACUUAUUGAAGAUGACAAAACACAUGUCAGCACUCGGAUUGCAGGAACAAUUGGUUAUAUGGCUCCUGAGUAUGCAAUGCGCGGUUACUUGACGGACAAAGCAGAUGUUUAUAGCUUUGGCGUUGUUGCAUUGGAAACUAUCAGUGGAAAGAGCAAUACCAAUUACAGGCCGGACGAUGAGUUUUUCUACCUGCUUGAUUGGGCCUAUGUUUUACAAGAGAGAGGAACUCUUCUGGAGCUAGUUGAUCCAGAUUUGGGUUCAGAAUAUUCAACCGAGGAAGCAACGGUAAUGCUAAAUGUGGCUCUCUUGUGUACUAAUGCAUCUCCUACACUUAGGCCAACAAUGUGCCAAGUUGUAAGCAUGCUUGAAGGUUGGACCGACAUUCAGGAUCUCCUAUCGGAUCCGGGAUAUUCAGCUGCUGGUUCAAGUUCCAAACAUAAGAGCAUAAGAAGUCACUUCUGGGAGAAUCCAAGCAGAUCACAAAGCAUGUCAAUACCUACUAUUUAUACCGAUUCCACAAACUCGCAUGUUGAAACAGAAGAGAGCCAUCAUCUUGUAAAAAUUAACUCGGUUGGAUCAGACGAAUGAAGAUGGUUUCCUGACAUGUAUUCAUUACAAAAUCUUGUGAUGAAUUUAAUACAAAAAAUAAAGAGUUACAUUUCAUCGGGUGAUUGAGUACUUGCAGGCUGGCACCAAAAAAUUGGAAAGUCCUGAUUUGCAUCUAUAACUAGGUACCUAGCAAUAGGGUUGCUAAAAAAGGCCUAAAACCAAACCGUACGAGAAAAUCGAAUUGUGACUGACAGUUUUAUGAACUGAACCGGUUCGUGUCGGUCAGUCAGUUCAGUUCGUGAACUAUCCAUCACAUUCGGUUCUUUUCAGUGCGGUGUGGUUUAAUAGCUUAAUUCGGUUUUUUUAUUCUGUGAUUUGGGUUGUAGUUUUGAGUUGUUAGAGUCUUAGAGAAGUUAGUUAGUUAGUUAUUUGGAUUAGUUAGAGAGUAUGUGUAUAAAUAGAAGAACACAAAGGUUAGAGGAUAUCUUUUGAAAAUUGUAAUUGCUGAAUAGAGUAUUCUCUAUUGUGAAGGGGAAACCCUCGAGGAUAGAUUCUCUCCUAUUCUAUCCUAUUAUCUUUUA